AUGGAUAUUGUAGCACUCCUUUCCUUGGCCAAGCUCUCUCAUCUCAUCUCUCUCUCUGCUCUCUCGCUCUCUCUCUCUCUGGCGCUCUGGCUCACGCCCAAUGAGACGGCAGCCCGGUGGUCUGGCGGGAGAUCUAACAGCCGGCCGCCCGUGGCCAACUCCGCCGCCGCCCGUACCAACGGCAUGCCGUCUCAAGCUGCAUCCAUUCCGGAAGAAAGCCUGGAGCACAUCUCCGACCGUCAAGAUCAUGGCGAACAUGAGGUGCAGAUUCUGCACAAUCUCAUGCCCCUGUCCGCAGCUUCGCCCUCGCUGCCGCGCUCCUCCAAGCCCCGCCGGCGCAUGUCGGUGCACGAGGAUGAGGAGGUGGCUGGAACCAUGAAUCUUGCCAACUCGCAAAAAUUCAAUUCCACGUCCACCAUCUUUGUCGACUCCACCGUGAGCUCUCCCAACCUCGAGGAAACACUUCGUUGCGUUGCCCUUGCACUGCAGUACAUCCUUCAGGACGGUCAUCGUCAAGAAGCACCCAAGCUCUUUAGCGAACGCUUUGAUGAAAAGCGUUUUCCACUCUCGGAAGCCCAAGUCCGUCGUGACUAUGCCACCCGCAUUCCGUCUGAAGAUCGAAUCUACCAGUUUUUGGCCAAGCUCUUUACCACCGCCUCCCUCACCGCAGAGUGCGGCAUCAUCACCCUGGUGUACAUCAAUCGCGUCAUCACCUACACCGGCCUCGCCCUACACGCCAGCAACUGGAAGCGUGUUGCGCUCGGUGCUGUCCUCAUCGCCUCCAAGUGCUGGGAUGAUCAAGCCGUGUGGAAUGUGGACUUUUGCAGCUUCCUUCCCCGAAUCAGCAUCGAAGACAUGAAUGAGCUGGAGCGUACCUACCUCGAGAUGCUGGAUUUCAACAUCGGUGUCGAAUCGAGUGUUUACGCCAAGUACUACUUUGAGCUGCGGGACUUGGCCGAACGCUUUGACAAGGCUUUCCCGUUGGACCCGUUAGACAAGGCGACUGCCAGCCGUCUGGAUGCCAUGAGUACUCGCCGAGAUAUUGUCAAGGCCCAUGCCCUUCGUGCUGCCCGCAGUCUCGACCACGACACGUUUAAAGCCCGUGCCAUUCUCUCAUAG